CUCAGCGUCGUGCUCCUGAGGUAAGAUCAUCAGUCAUGCUGGACCUGUACACAGUUCUUCUGGGACUUCUGGUCCUCUUGCCCCUCUUGGGAAAUCUUUUCUUCCCCUACAUUUGGCUGGACCUGAAGAUAUUCUUCCAGAAUGUAUAUCUGGGAUACAAGUGUAACAGGCGUCUCCAGCGCCAGCUGAACUUCAGCAUUGUGGACCUGUUUUUAUUAAAAGUCCAGAAACACCCCACAAAGACCCUAAUUAUCUUUGGAGACGAGGUCUAUACCUACCAAGACAUCGACAGGCUCAGCAGCCAGGCGGCCCGAGUCUUCCAGGGCCAGGUGGGGCUGAAAGAAGGGGAAACGGCAGCUGUUUUCCUGAAAAACUGCCCUGCCUACAUCUGGGUCUGGCUGGGCCUGGAGAAGAUCGGCUGUGCCAUGGCCUGUGUCAACUAUAACGUCCGAUCCAAGGUUCUGUUGCACGCCCUCAGCUCCUGCGGAUCCAAGGUGCUACUGACAACUCCAGAUUUCAAAGCGGCCAUCGAGGACAUCCUGCCCACCCUCAGGAAGGAAGGGGUACAGGUUUUCUAUCUGAGCGACGAUUCCCCCACUGAGGGGGUGGAAGCCUUGCUGGGACAGAUCAAAUCUAGCUCUGCUGAGCCCAUACCCCUUUCUGUCCGAGCGAACUGCACCCCCAAAUCCGUAUCCAUAUAUAUUUUCACCUCUGGAACCACAGGGUUACCCAAGGCGGCCAUUGUCAACCACAGAAAGCUGUUGCACGUGUCCAGCGUCUUGCGCCUGUGUGGGAUCUCUUCCAACGACAUUGUCUACAACGCACUCCCCCUGUACCACAUGACUGGGCUUGUGGUGGGGGUUGGAGGGUGCUUGGAGGUUGGCAGCACAUUUGUUUUGAAGUCUAAGUUCUCUGUUUCCCAAUUCUGGGAUGAUUGUAGGCGGUACCGUGUCUCUCUGAUCCUGUAUGUGGGAGAAGUAUUGCGCUACCUGUGUCACGCUCCACCAAAGCAGAAUGACCGUGAGCACAGUGUACAAAAAGCAUUGGGCAAUGGCAUACGGGUGGAAGUAUGGAAGGAGUUCCUACGCCGGUUUGGACCCAUCCAGAUUUGCGAGCUCUAUGGAGCGACCGAGGCGAAUAUCGGAUUCAUCAAUUACACCGGGAAAGUUGGAGCCGUUGGAAGGGUCAAUGUCUUCUUGAAGAAACUGGCUGAUUUUGAACUUAUUCGCUACGACCCUGACACAGGUGAACCCGUGAGGGAUGAGAAAGGCUACUGCAUCCCUGUAGCUCCAGGUGAGACAGGCUUGCUGGUGGGCAAGAUUACAACCAUUAACCCAUUUAUCGGCUAUGCUGGGGACCGCCAAAAGACAGAGAAGAAGAUCCUCCGGGAUGUCCGGAAGAAAGGAGACUACUAUUUCAAUAGUGGAGACCUCCUGAGGAUAGACCAUGAAGGCUUUGUAUAUUUCCAGGACCGGAUAGGAGAUACUUUCCGCUGGAAAGGGGAGAACGUGGCCACUACGGAGGUUGAGAAAAUCCUGACCACAGUGAACUUUAUUCAACAAGUCAAUGUAUAUGGGGUGCCCGUGCCAGGCCAUGAAGGAAAGAUCGGGAUGGCAGCCAUCCAGCUAAAAGAGGGGCUGCCUUUUGACGGAGAGGAGAUGUACAGGCAUGCCACAGAUUACCUGCCAAACUAUGCCAUCCCACACUUCAUCCGCAUCCAGAAAGCCCUGGAGAUCACAGGAAGUUUCAAACACAUCAAAGGCCAACUGGUGAAGGACGGAUUCGAUCCUGCAGUCAUCAGCGAUCCUCUCUUCUUCCUGGAUGUGUCGGAGAAGCGCUAUGUACCUAUGACUCAACAGAUCUAUAGCUCCAUCGUAGAGAAGAGACGGAAACUAUGAAGAAAGCAUCCAGGCACAGUGGCGGAUGAUG